AUGUAUUGCUGCUCUGCUACAAUUGUUUCUUGUUGCUAGACUACUGAUGCCACAGUGAUAGCCAGAGCGGAGAAACAACAUCAAAGGAAUUAUGAUAGAAGGCUAUCCGCCGCAAAUUAUAUUUCAAUUUCUGCAUCGUUUAUUCCAAGCAACGGUGUAAUACGAGAGAUUGUAGGUUGUCUGCUGUGCUCGUACGAAAUCUAAAAUAAUCGCUUGUGGUAGGCUAUAGCUGCUAGGCUAUUGUUGCUUUCGUAUCGUUUUGAGGACAGGCAUUUGAUUAUGUUUUGAUCUCAAAGUAAGAGGUGUUUUUUUUAUAUAUUCCUACCAAAUGCUUGUUUUUACCGCAGCUAUAGCUAAGGAUAACGUGUCAACAUAGCGAAAUGAAGCAUCGAAAAAUGACAAGAACACGCAAGGAGAGGUUCUACAACUGUCCAUUUCCUCCAAAGAGAGAUUAGUUUAUCAUUUUAUCUGUAGCCAACUUCAACGAUGUCUCUCGUGGCCAGCGAUAUCCCGACGGACGAAGACCUAGAAGAUCUGGUCGAGGAUGGACUUUCUCUUGCUACCUACAUAUCAGACUCUGGAAAGAAAGCCAGGAAAAAGAAGCUGUCUGGUAAACCUCCCCCCUCUCCCAGGUCUCCGUAUCUCUCCAGUAUGGAUGUGAACCCGAGGAGAUCAGCGGUGUCAGCCUGGAGGCCCCUGAGAGGAACUCUGGGGGAGAGGGGGGAGGCCCUAGGGGGGAGAGGUGACACUCUGUUGGAGAGGGGUGAGACAGCUCGGACCCCCAGAGAGAACUGUCUGGCUUCGCUAAGCAAUGGGCACGGUCUGUCCCAGUCUCUGAGAGUUGACUUUGACACAGCACACACCUCAGCCUGUCUCUCCUCUUCUCCCUGUACUCCAGAGUAUCUCCAACAGGCUCUUGGCAUUAAGAAACCCAAACACCUGCACUCCUCAUCCAAUGACUACAGAGAGAAGGAGGACAUGUACGAUGAGAUCAUCCACCUCAAGAAGAGUCUUCAGGCUCAGAAGUCCGAGAAGGACAGGAUGAAAGCCAAACUACGGCGUCUGGAGGAGGACAAAACUAAGAAAGACAAGCAAAUAGAACAGCUGCUGGAUCCCACCAAGGGACCGGAGUACACACUGAGUCUGGUGGACAAGAAACACCAGGGGAGCCUGGUUGUUAAUGGACUGAAACAGAGAAUCCUGAAGCUGGAACAGCAGUGUAGAGAGAAAGAGAACACUGUGACUAAACUGCAGAGUGAGCUGCAGACCACUAAUCUGGAGGAGUUGAAGAUCACAGUGGAGACCUACUUUGAGGAGAUUCAGAGACUGAGGAUGAUAUUGGACGCAACAGAGAAAAGCAGUAGAACAGAGAGUAAAGGUUCUCAGAGGAAGCAGAGGGUUUUAAGCUCUACGGUUCUGCGUUUAUCAGAGAACCUGAAACAGCUACAGCAGGAGAACCACACACUGAGAGAGGAACUCAACACAGACAGCCCAGCCAGCGGGCUGAAAGCCUACAAAGACUGGAGCAAACAGAGAGUGUUGAGGAGACUGGUGGAACUGGAGAGGAGGUUAGAGGAGGUGAGGAGUGCCCCGGCCAGGAGGAGUGGGGUGGACAGACUAGUCCAGACUGACCGACUCACCACACCCACGGAGACAGGGGUUGCUACGCCGCCGGGGAUAACCACCGUAACAACGGAAGGGGGCGUUGCAGUGGUAAACACCCAACAGGAAGGGGAGGGGUUUGUCCGUCUGAAGGGGUGUGUCAGACAACUGGAGCAGGAGAAGGCGGAGCUACAGGAGACGCUGACCGAUAGAGAACAGGAGCUGAAUCGACUGAUGGCUGAAAGAGAGCAGGAAGAGAAAGAGACGGAGAGGAGGAAGAACGAACAAAGGAGUGAACAUGAGAAGGAAACACAACUCUACCAACUGGAGAUAGAACAGCUGACCGUGAAGAUACAAUCUCUGGAGGAGGAGAAGAAGAGAUGGACUGAAGAAGAACAGAGAGAGAGGGAAGAACAGAACCGGGAGAACCGGAAGGAGAACCCAGAAGGGAGGGAGGAGAAGGAAAGGGCAGCUAGGGUGAUCCAGAGAGAGUGGCUGGAGCACAGAGAAAGGGACACAGUGUUGAUCCAGUCAGCAAUAAGAGGACAUCUCCUCAGACAGAGCCAGAUAGCUCACCUCCGAGACACACACACCAGCACUCUCAGCAAGAAUGGCCAAUCACAGCGUGGCAGUGAUGUUACCUCCUGUGUGGAGGAUGGGGAGCUGGUUGCCGUGACGCUGAUCCAGUCUGUGUUCCGAGGUCACCUGACACGCAGCGGACUAAUGACGGAGAGCUCUGAGCCUCCAGCCCCUCCUCCCUGUGGACCCACACCAGCUCCUAGAAGAGUCCCCUCUGUCCCUUCAACACACACUCCCAGCAACACAGCCCUUCCAGGCAGUGAUGUAGAUGAAGAUGUAACGGCGCUGAGUGAGGAAGAUCCCUGGCCUGUCUCUAACAUACUGUCCAACAGGAGGAGACUCACACCAGCCCAACUACAGCUCCAUCCACCUCCAGACUCCAAGGUUUCCAAGGCGAUGGACUCUGAGGAUUCCGACGAUGACAUCAUCGUGUCUCCGUCUUGUCUCGUGGGAAGGAGAGAAGAAAUCUACUUCUAGACCAGAGCAUUGCACUAUGGGAUAUGAAGUGUGUGUGUGUGUGUGUGUGUGUAGCUGGGUAUGCAGGCUUUUACUACAGCCCUACACCAGAUUCAAUCAAGGUCCAGAGGACAUGCUGAUAAGUAGAACCAAGUGUGUUUUGGUAGUGCAGGGCUGGAACGAAGUCCUGCACAUGCAGUUGCUCUCCGGGAGGGGAGUGGUUGUUGGUGUCAGGGCUGUAAUAAUAAUAAUAAUAAUGAUAAUAAUGAUAAUCCUGCACAGGAGGGUUGCUUGCCAGCUCUCCGCCCAAUAAAUCUCUGUUCUGAUACCGAUCGUUUUUUAUGUUGCCAAAGUGCCUGAGUGCUGUAUAUAGAUUAUUGAUGGUCAUAAACAAAGUUAUAAAUCAUGGAGUUUAUUGGAGAAUGAGCGUCUUUUAAUUCAUGUCUAUCAAUAGAAACACUGCUGAUUCAAACUGUGAACUUAUCAUCAUAUUCUACUGCAAUAUGACGCUCAGAGGAGAGUGCGCGUGACUGGUAGGGAUUUUGUGUUGUUAUCGUGCCUUGAGUUGUGUUUUUUUAUAAUAGCUGUAAUCCAUGAACAUAAUGUUUUAUCUGAUUAAAGGAGUAUCUUUCCUUGUAUCGUACAUCA